UUUUUUUAUUUUCUUUCCUUAUUUUCUCUGACUUUCUUUAAGCUUCUUUAUUUUUAUUUUUAUAUAUACAUAAAUUAUAGACGCUUAUCUCCCUCUUACCGUCCAUCACUACCUCCUUUUUUUUUUUAUUUUUUUCCUCACGUCGUCAUCAUGUCCAGCAUUAAUAUUAACGUGAAAUCAUCUAGCGAUAAAAAGUUUGUCAUCAACAUUGAUACUAGCAAGACAGUCCUUGAUCUCAAAAAUGCUAUUGCUGAACAAGCCGAUAUUCCUGCAGAACGUCAACGUUUGAUUUAUUCUGGUCGUGUUCUCAAAGAUCCUGAUACGCUUGCUGAUUGUAAACUGGCUGAAGGGAAUACUGUACAUAUGGUUAAAGGUGCUCAACCUGGUGGAACAGGUAAUAAUAAUAAUAAUUGAUGGGGAUGUAAAAAAAAAAAGAAAAGAUGAUAAAUAGGAAAGGCUUAUUUCAUGAUUGUUAUUUCUUUAUUAGCUCGUACAACUACUUCAAACAAUACUACGACAUCUGCUAGUUCACAGCCAACAACAACAACAACAACAACAACAGCAGGAACCACAAAUACACCUACUUCUAAUGCAGCAGCACCAGCCGCAAAUCCUUUUGCCAGUUUACUUGGAGGUAUGGGAAGUAUGGGUACUGAAAACAACAACAACAACAACAACAAUAACAAUAUGAAC